GAAGCUCUAAGGAGCCGAUUGACUUUGGGCCGUAAAAUGAUUACGGGCUAAAAGCUAAAAAACACGUCGUGCGAGAGCGAGAGAGGGAGAGUGAGCGAGAGAGAGAGAGGGAACAAGGAGCAACAGCAACAGCAAGCGAAAACUUUAAAAAUCCCUGCUAAAAAUAUAACAAAUAUUAAAUUAGAAAAAUUUCAAAAACCUAUGCAACAAUAGGAGGACUACAAGAAAAUCUGCUGGGGCACCAUAAUAAACAAUUCAUCACCUUGUGUGCGUGUGUGUGUGGGUGCCAUAACUCCUAAGCCUUUCAAGCAUACAGGAAAAAACGGCACGGAAAACCAGAAACAGGAAAAACCAAGUGAAAAUUGCGGAGGAGCGGCUGGAAAGCGCUGGGAAAAUGGCAUUAGGAAGGGCAAAAUGACCCCUAGAAGCUGAACAAAAUUCUAUUAGCCAUCGAAUUGAUCCACACACACACGCACACAGGAGAGCUGGGACAACACCACCACCCCCUUUUGAAGCACCAGCAGCAGGAGCAGCAGAACCACCCCCGCCCCCGUCUCGCCAAGCAGCCUGCACCCACGCCCCUGCACACUGCGUUUAAAAAUAGAAAGAGCUCUGGAAAUCAAAUAUCCCUGGAGCGCCGUUCGAGAAAAUGGUAACGAUGAACUCGGAGGCGGACAAAACACAAGCCACCAAUGCCAGCAGCACCGCGGCGCCGGCGAAGACGGACUGCAGCAGCAGCAACAGCAGCGAUCCGCUGGCGGUGGCCAUUCCGCCGGAGGAGGAGCCCCGCUCCGCCGGAGGAGGAGGCGCAGGCACAGCCACCCCCUCGCCCACGCCCCUGCCCAAUGGCAGUAAUAACGGUAGUGCUUUCCCGGAAACCGAGGGUUCCUCAUCAUCCUCAUCGGCGCAGGCCACGGAGUCGGCAGCACCAGCAGCUGUAGCCGCCACCUCGGUGGCUUCCCCGCCAGCAAGCACUGCAUCCGCAGCCACCACAUCUACAUCCACAUCCGCAGGCACAACCCUGGGAGCCAAGACAGCCGCCGCCGCCGCCACCACCACGUCCUCCUCCUCGGCCACCUCCUCGUCGACGGCGGCGGCGGCGGGCGCCAAGCAGGGCGGCAGCAGCGGCGGCCUGCUGACCGUCAGCGGGAACCACCACCACCACCACCACGCCCACUCGCAGCAGCAGGCGGCGGGACAGUCGUCCGCCCAGCCGCCGCCGCCGCCCACCGCCUCCGCCCUCGCGGUCCCAGCGACGUCGCACCAUCAGCGCGGCGGCAAGAACGAGGAUGCCCCCAACAUACUGGUGUACAAAAAGAUGGAGGCAAUUAUCGAGAAGAUGCAGGCGGAGUCGACGGGCGUGGCCGUGCGCACGGUGAAGGCGUUCAUGAGCAAGGUGCCGUCGGUGUUCACGGGAGCCGACCUGGUGGCCUGGAUCCUGAAGAACUUCGACGUGGAGGACGUGACGGAGGCGCUGCACUUCGCCCACCUGCUCAGCUCGCACGGCUACCUUUUCCCCAUCGACGACCAUGCGCUGACCGUCAAGAACGACGGCACCUUCUACAGAUUCCAGACGCCCUACUUUUGGCCCUCGAACUGCUGGGAGCCCGAGAACACGGACUACGCCGUCUACCUCUGCAAGCGCACCAUGCAGAACAAGACGCGACUCGAGUUGGCCGACUACGAGGCCGAGAAUCUGGCCAAGCUGCAGAAAAUGUUCUCCAGGAAGUGGGAGUUCAUAUUUAUGCAGGCCGAAUCGCAGAGCAAGGUGGCCAAGAAGCGGGACAAGCUGGAGCGGAAGGUGCUGGACUCGCAGGAGCGGGCCUUCUGGGACGUCCACCGGCCGAUGCCCGGCUGCGUCAACACCACCGAAAUUGAUAUUAAGAAGGCCUACAGAAGGGGCGGCUCCAGCCACGGAACGGGCUCCGCCGGCGCCUCCUUGGCCAAGAAUCCCGUCGAGCAGCUGACGCGGAUCAUCGCCCUGCGCAAACAGAAGCUCGAGCGGCGGACAAUCAAGGUGUCAAAGGCGGCCGAGGCUCUGGUUGCCUACUACGAUCAGUACAAUGAGUUCGAUUACUUUAUAACCUCGCCGGAGCUGCCGAACCCUUGGCAAACAGACAGCACUGAGAUGUGGGAUACGGAGAAGAACAGCAAAGAAGUUCCUGUGCGUCGCGUGAAGCGCUGGGCAUUCAGUUUGCGCGAGUUGCUCAACGAUGCCAUCGGUCGCGAGCAGUUCACCAAGUUUUUGGAGAAGGAGUACAGCGGCGAGAACCUCAAAUUCUGGGAAUCGGUGCAGGAGAUGAAGGCUCUGCCGCAGUCGGAGAUCAAGGAGGCCAUCCAGAAGAUCUGGCAGGAGUUCCUGGCCCCCGACGCCCCCUGUCCGGUGAACGUGGACUCUAAGUCGGUGGAGCUGGCCCGCGAAGCGGUCAACUCGCCGAGCGGCCCGAACCGAUGGUGCUUCGACGUGGCCGCCUCGCACGUUUACCACCUGAUGAAGAGCGACUCGUACUCCCGGUAUCUGCGGUCCGACAUGUACAAGGAUUACCUGAACUGCUCGCGCAAGAAGAUCAAGUCCAUACCGAAUCUUUUCGGGGUGAAACGUUGAGAUACGCUGCGGGGAUUCCCCGUCAUCGCAGUCGGCUAGGAUCCAUAUCCCUGAAUCCUCGGGCAGGGGAACUACCAUGUGCACUAGGUACUCACUCGGUACUCAUAUGUAUGCCUAGUUUGUAUGUUCUUAAACGUUGUUACUUAUUUAAUUGUCUGCCACUGUGUCGCGUGUUCUCUAGAUUUUGAAGUUUUUUUUUAUUGCCAUUUUUGUAUUUGAUUGUACGUUGAUCGAUUUUUCGUUACCUCAAAGUGCCCCCUAAAAUCCCCCACGGUAUACAACUCACUCUCUAGCCGUCUCCCUCUUAAUCAGACAAAAAGCAAAACACCAUUUAAGAUGAAAUAAGAAACUGCCAAAGGCCUAAAUAAGAAUACAAAAAUCGAAUACUUGAGGUUUUGCGUAAAGUCUAUGGAUAUUUUAAAACAAUUACUUGCUGUCGUCUUAAGGUAGGAUUUAUAUUCUGGAGUAGGGAACUACUCCUUUGUCUUAAGAAAAUCAAUAGCAAUAUUUUAACAUCAGGACGCCUAAAAGUAUCAACGCUAUACAUUGUUGCAUACUUUUGGACACCAUUGUAGUGAUGCGGCAAUGCCUUUUAUUAUUCCCCACAAAAAUAUGAGUUCAAAAUGUAAAAUUUCAAUUGUAAGACUACUGAAGGGCACUUCAAUAAUUGUUUUAAAAUUUCUAUCGAUUUUUUGUAAAGCCUUAUUUAUUUUAUUAACCGUAAACGAAAAGUUGAGACGAAAGACAACACCAACAACCGCCGAGACCUUAUUCUCAUAUUCAUGAUAUACAAGCAAAUACGAAUUAUUAACUAUUAGCCGAAAACAUAACGAUCGUAAUCGAAGACACCAAGAAAAUAAGAAGAAAAACCAAAGAGAAAAACCACAAGUAAAUGUCAAACUGUAACCGAAAACACCAAAACUACGCAAAUGCAGAAAAUCCCCGAACUUAAGAGGUACUUACAUAUAUUCAAACUAAGAGAAUAAGCUUAACGAAUAGGAAGCCAGGGCGGAAAUCUCACGUAAACUAUCAAAUUAAAAAGCCAAACAAGCCAGGCGUCUUUUGUCAGCUAUCGAUGACAAUUCACCUCUUCAGCCGGUGACAUUUUAAACAGCUUUCGACACGAACCCCACCCCUAUAAAAACCCAUCUGAAAAAUGUGAACAAAUCAAAUCGUUGAAUUAAGUUCCUUUAGCACCGUGAUGAGGUGUCCCGUCUCUUUUCAGCACUCCUUUUUCUCUCUCUCACACACACACACCUGCAUACCCGCGCACACACACACACUCACAUAUCGUUAAGACGCCAGAAAAUUAAAAAGAAACCAAGAUUUUAAUCAUAAUAUUUUUUUGCCGCUCACUGUGCCCGUCUUGUGUGUGUGACCCAGAGGAAGAGGCUAAAAUGUUUUUGUUUUUAGUGAAUGUUUAGAAUAAUAUUAUGUUAAUAAUAGACAGUAAACGGAUAGCCGCAUGUGGGAAGGUUGGAAAAUGGAGGGCGAGAACCAAGUUCGGUUGGACGAGAGGGCGACAGGGCGGUGGAGUAGUAGGAUAGGUAGGGUCAAAGUGUGAUAGCUUAUAGGAAGUUAGAACAAACAAAAAACAAGUGAGCUUUACGAAAAAAUAAAGGGGCUUAGAACUGGGGAUGGCCUGCCGACUUGGUUCUCUCAGCAAAAUCUCUGCUCUAAACAUUUUCGGACUUGGACAAACGGGGUAAACCUCGAGCAUAUAACUAGUAUAGUUGUGGUCAAAACAAUAGCAGUGGGGGCUAGGGAGAAACUCUAAUUAGUGCCGAAAAAAACAUUAAGACAAACGUAUAAUAUUAGAACUCUUAAAAGCAAUCAUCUGUAAGUUUGUGGUCUUAGAAGUUGUCCUGAAGGCAUCCAAAAAAUUCAAUUUGUUUAGCUGAUUUCAUUGGCCUUCUUUCAGACUAAGUUUGCAAUUUGGAAUUUCUAGAUCAACGUUUUUCAAUUUAGUUUACCUUUACUGUAAAUAGAUAUCGCCGCAAGGGGAUAUAUUCUUCGUACUAUCUUAAAAUGCCAGUUCUACAAUCAUUUUGACCACAACUGUAUGAAAGUGGGCGCAGCUAAAUAACCAUGUUUAUGUGAAACAUCAACUGAUCCUGGGAUCUUUCGGAAUAGCAAUUAGUCUUAGGUAAACUAAGGAACUCGGAACUUGGAACUAUUUAAACACACAUGUAAUUUGCACACACCACACUCGAGCACUCAUGCUGCCUACUUUUGGGCCUGAAGAGGAGAGGAUUGAAAGGCCCGAGGCGAAUUAAUGUAUCUAUUAGGAUCGCAUUGUGUGUGUCUAUCUAAGUGUAACUGUAAUUGUAAUUGUAAAUGGUGUCUACAAAUUAACAAGCAAAUAAUAACUAUUACUAUACAGUAUGAGGUAUACAGAAUUCAUUAAAGGUAACAGAGCAGUAAAAGUAAUGAUAAAUAAGCGUAAAAAGCGAAAGUAAUACUAUAAAGUACGAUAUAUACCAUGUAUCUCGAUGUGCGUCUGUGUGUUGGUAGUGACAAAUUUAAAUCGAUUUCAAAAUAGCCGAAGCGAAAACUAGAAAAAGAAGAAACCGGGAAAUCCCCCGUCUCACACACAUUUCCUUUGGCUUUCCACUGUUAUCGUUUGCCAGAUUAUAUAUAAUUACGUAUAUACAUAUAGGAACUGUUGGCCAACUGUUUUCCCCCCUCUACUGUUCCAACGCCCCCACCUAAAAAUAACCAUUAAAUGUAGCGAAAACUAUAAAAACUCUAACAAAAUCGAUGGACAACUGAGGGUUAGCAGGGGAUUACUCCCUCUGAUUUGGAGAACACUAAUUAAAUCAAAUAAUCAACAAAAUAUUCGAUAUAUGUACGUGUACACGACAAGCAACAGCAAACAACUUUUUAGGUUUAGCCCGCAGCAAGAGCAAAAAACUACUAAAAACUACAAAAACACAUCAACAAAAACAAUAAGUAUUAAAUUAACAACAACAACUGCAAGCAAGGAAAACUACAAAAAACACAAAAAGCGGCCGCGUUUAUUGUAAAUUGUUCAGCAAGAAAAACAAAAACCGAAGUAAAUAAAUAAAAGCGCAAUUUAAGCAACAAAAACAAA